AUGGAAAUUUUAUUGUGCAAGGAGAUACAUCAUUUGACAUGUAUGGAAAUGCCAGUGAUAGACAAUAGAGAAAGAUUUUUAUUUACAGAUGUUGACAUGAGGUUGACAAUGAAGAUUAGGAAUGAAAUGGAAGUUUUUGUUGACAAUAAGGAAAAGUUUUUGUGUGCUUUUGAAAGCAGAUGUGAAACUUUCGUGAUCGCAUUUGAGAUGUGA